AGAUAAAAGAUGAAAUCUUGACAAAAGAAAACAAGCUACUGAGACUCCGCCGCCAUGUUCCUUCUCAUCUUUUGAUAAGACGAACUUAGACUGAAUUUCGUUUGCUUCACACUUUUAUUUGGUGUUUAUUUUUUUAAUUUGUUUUGCAUUCAGUUUAUUUUUUUAGUUGUGAGUAUUGAACAGUUUAUUGAUUGUGGCAUCUCUGUGUGACAAUAAUAAUGGAGGCUAUUGCUAAGCAUGAUUUUAAUGCGACAGCUGACGAUGAAUUAAGUUUCCGUAAAUUUGAUGUUCUCAAGAUAUUAAACAUGGAAGAUGAUGUUAAUUGGUAUCGAGCUGAGCUUGAUGGAAGAGAGGGUCUAAUACCCAGUAAUUAUAUUCAAAUGAAACCUCAUGAUUGGUACCAUGGACGAAUUAGCCGAGCUGAUGCGGAAAGAUUGUUGAUCUCUCAACAUGAAGGUGCAUUCCUUAUAAGGGUCAGUGAAAGCUCACCAAGUGAUUUUUCCCUUUCUGUUAAAUGUGGUGAUUAUGUUCAGCAUUUUAAAGUUCUUCGCGACACUCAAGGAAAAUUUUUCCUUUGGGUUGUUAAAUUUAAUUCACUCAAUGAGCUCAUUGAAUACCAUAGAUCAGCCUCAGUCUCUCGGUCACAAGACAUAAAAUUGAGAGAUAUCCAGAUGCCUACAGAUGAGAUAUUAGUUCAAGCUAUGUAUGAUUUUACACCACAGGAAAAUGGUGAACUUGGAUUUAAGCGAGGUGAUAUUAUCACAGUUACUGACAAUUCGGAUCAAAAUUGGUGGGAAGGUGAAAUUGACGGUCGUAAAGGAUAUUUUCCAGCUACUUAUGUUGAACCCUACCAACAAAUGUCUUGAAAAAAGAAGAGAGAAACCAGACAAACCUUCAAACUCUUAGUAUGUUACAUUACUGUUGCCCCAUUUUAUCUCUAUUUCAAUCUUAUUCAUUUUUCUCUCCAAAAAAAUGUAUUGACGCGAAUUAACCUAUUAAUUAGUUAAUAUCAACUACUUUCAGUUCGAUUUAUUACAAUUGCAUUCACAUCUUUACAAUCGCAGGCCUAAAAUGCUCUUUAAUUUAUCUCUAAUAGGGAUAAGGAUUGAUCUAUCCUUGUUCCAAUCAGUUUCCGUCAAAAGUCUGAGAGCUUUCUCCUGAUUCGUUUCUUCAUCAACUUGAUCAUCUCCUUUGCCACCAUCAUCCUCAAAUAUGUCCUCAUAAAUCAAUAGUGCUGUAUACAACUCGUCUGCUGCAUUUGUCCGGACAAAAGGAUAUUUGGUGCAUAAAAAGAUGCAUAAAAUGUUCAAGCAUUUCUUCUGUAAACCUGCAAAAUGAAGCAAAAAACCAUAACAAAAUAUUAAAAACAGGUCUUGAAUCAAAGCAAGAAGAAUAUAAUUAUAAUAUUUUGUAUCACAAGGACCAAGCUCAUGAUUUGGGCUGAUUGAAUUGUUUCCCUUUACCUCUUAUUAUAACCUUGUCUAAAACCCUUCCUCACAUUUCAAUUUUACUGUCACAAUUCUUAUUUCCAUCGAAUAAAGAAAAAAGAAAUCAAAUGGUGAAUCAAACAACUUUUGUUGAUCAUGGAGAGAAAGAAAUUCAUUUUGUAUCAAUUAUCUUUUCUCCUACUCUUAUCUCUUCCUUGAGCAAUAUUUUCUGUUUCAUGCAUGAUUAACGAUAAAUAAAGAAUCAUUCAUGUUAUAAAAAA